ACCACCGAAACCAGUGUCUGUGAGAGCGCAUUUACUUCUCUUCAUUCAAUCAAAUAAAUUCCAUUUCCCCAACCCCAUCCAUUUCCAUUCACAUUCACAUGGAUUCAAUUCAUUAACUUAACACCCCGUCCCACGUGACCCUCACGUGACCCCUUCAUGCACUCACACACUAUAUCAUCUGAUUUUCCCUCUCAAGUCUUAAAGUCUUGACACUAAAUCAAACCCAAUGGCUUCUCCGCCACCCUUAUCGCUAAACGUCGUCGGAUCAGACACGGACCCAAACACUAACACCUUCCCAACCGUUACAAGUUCGUUAACGCCGCCGUCACCGCGUCGUUCAUCUCCGUUACAAAACCUCAGCCCCAGCAUUCUGAUCAUCGUGACCGUCCUCGCCGUCACCGUCAUCGUCUCCCUCGCGCUCUGCUUCCUCCUCCGCCACCUCAACCGCCGCUGCCUCCGCCGCUUCUCCUCCUCCGCCCCUCCCUCCGCUGCUGCGACGCCGAUUUUCGCCUCCAGCCGCCGCAUCUCGCCGGAGAUACUCCACUCCUCGGCUUCCGCUUCCGCCUCCGUCAUCGACACGCUCCCUGUCUUCACGUUCUCCUCCGUCACGCGCCGCUCCUCCUCGGUCGCCGGCGACUGCGCCGUGUGCCUCUCAAAGUUCCACCACCACGACCUCCUCCGCCUCCUCCCUCUCUGCUGCCACGCCUUCCACGCCGAGUGCAUCGACACGUGGCUCCAGUCGAACCUCUCGUGCCCGCUCUGCCGCUCCGCCAUCGUCGCGGACGAUUCCGACCUCGCGAAGAUCCUCCGGCCGCCGUCCUCCGGCGGUAGCAGCGACAGCUUCCGCCUCGAGUUAGGAAACAUCAGCCGCCGCGGAACCGACGGCGCCGCCGAAGGCGGCUCCGUCGCGCGUGGCGGUUCGCGCUCCUAUUCCAUUGGAUCGUUCGAGUAUUUAGUGGACGACGAAUCAGAGGUUCCGUUCAGCCACGCUAGUCGGAGGAGCGUCGACGAUGCGAAGGAAUUUCCGGCGCCGGCGGAGGCUCCGGUGAGACACAACGAGGCAAAUCUCGCUGGAGAAGUUGGCGGCGUUAGAAGCUGGCUUAAGGACUACGUGGAUAGGGUUUCGGCUUCUAUUUCGUCGCGAACGGCGUCGUUUCGAGGCUCCGGAAGGUUCUUCAGCGGUGGCGGCGGGAGCAGUGGUCGCCGAAGCGACGUCGUUCCGGUCGCUGCUGCGGAAUACGACGUCGAAGGGAACCGAAUUGGCGAAGAGAUCAGCGAAAUGUUUCGUUGGCUUUCAGGGGUAUGAUUGGUAAAUAAAGAUGAACAGUUAAUUAGGAUAUAUUUUUAAUUUUGAUUAAUUUUUUUAAAAUCAUUCCAAAUAUUCCUUGCUCAUUUGGCUUCCACAUGAAUAUUUCCCUCUUUAAUUUGUUUUGGGGUACUUACAAUAAAGUUAAUGUAACUUGAAUCCGUGUAGAUAGUAUAUGAGGGGCAUAAGAAUUUCGAAUUCGGAUCAUAGAAUUGUUUUAGAAAUAUAUACUAUGACGGUCAUAUUAUGAGAGAAAAUGUUACGAAU